AUGACAAAUACAAUCUUCAUUAUCGUGGCUGCAAUCUUCCCUGUCUUUUGCCUAGUCUUCAGUGGGAUUCUUCUCAUCACAUCAAUCGUAAACCGGAAGAAUAACUCCUUCCCUCUAGCCUAUAUCAUUGUGAUGAGCACCAAUGGAAUUGUGAUCUCGUUAUUUAUAUCUCUCCACGUUAUGAUUUACCUCGUGCUGUCCGAGGAAACGUAUGCAGUUUACCUUGUAAAAUUCGGAAGAGAGACAACUCUCGGUGGCACCUUCUCCUACCUCAACUACCUAAUGGUUAACCUGUUGAUGACCAUCAACCGUGUGGUUGUUGUUGCCAAACCGUUCAAUGAAACCUUUACACACACCCGAGUGUUCCUUUUCUGUGGAAUCAUUGCUGUGCUCAUGUUAAUCUCACUUCUGAUUCCAUACUGGAGCCCAUGUUAUAUUGUAUUCAAUGUUAGCAAACUUGCCUUCGUGUCUGCUUGCGCCCCAGGAAGACAUCCGAUAACUCUGUUCCAAAACCAAUACUUCAUCCUAAUCCCAUUUAUCUGCUGUUUCGCUAAUCUUGGCAUCGUUUUUCAUGUUAGAUUUCGUCGCAACCAUUCCUACGAUAAGAUCAUGAGACUUUUCAAAACUAAAACGCGACCAGUGGUUUCCAACGUCUCAACUGUAUUGCAAAAUGACAACAUGUCGAGAAUUCAAACACGUCGUGAUUAUAUCAUGAUGAGGCAGACUAUCAUUGUGUCUAUCUACCUCGCUAUUUAUGAAAUUGGAGGUUUCCUUGUUCGCCUGUUUCCGAAUGCUUUCAUGAGUCUCCCACAAGACGCUCGGGAUGCAUACUUCUUUUUACGUUUCCUUUCGAUCCCUCUGAUGAAUUUCGUGAUUUACUACGUGCAAACCAGCAGCACUCGUCGAAUGAUCCGUAAAUUUUUGAACAUGAAGGAACAAAGUCCAGAUACCGUACUCAAUACCAUCCCGGUUGAUCAACGACUCUCAACAACCACUCAGACACAAUCAAGGACUAUUUCUCAAGUAUCAUAA